CUUGCGACGAAUCGUCAGUCUUGCCUUGGCGCUUGUGGGGAACGCCUGCGCUCGCCUUCCAAAAUGUUCUGAAAGAAAACUAAAAAUUAAUUAAUGGCUUGUUAUUUUUAAAAGACAAAAAAAAGCUAAGAAAUCAAGUUUCGAACGUGUAAAGGUGGAAAGCAAAAUAGUUUCGAUCGAGCACAUAUAAUACCAGAUUAUAUUCCAAGGCGUCAGAAUGUUGCCAGCACAUUUUGCUUUAUGUCUGCUCGGCUGCAUUGCACUCUCUGGAGCUGCCCACGCUGUCUAUGAGGACUGCAAGACGCCUCCGCCUGUGGAUCACGCUCGGGCAGAGCUGUUCGAGAGCGAGGACAUUAACACGGCUAUCUACAGCUGCGCGAGUGGCUAUGUGCUGCAGGGCUCCAACGAGCUGAUCUGCAAUGUGGAAACCGAGGAGUGGCAGGGCGAGCCGCCCAGCUGCCUCAAGGCGAAGGUGAGCAGCUCUCAUGCCAAGCUGAAGAAGAAGAUGCUGUCCAUACCCGAGGAGCCAAAUGUGCCCGCCGACCUGGCCCAGCGAUUGGAUCUGAGCUGCAUUCAGGCCAAGAUCCAGGCGCCUGAAAUCAAUCAUGGCAUAGUUUUGAAAUACGAACGGCGUCGACAUGGCGAGAAGAUCUUCCUGGUGGCCUACUAUGCCUGCAAUGAGAACUACGACUUCGAACGUGUCCAGGUGCAGGCGCUCUACUGCAGCGCCAAUCAGUGGGUGGGUGAGCUGCCCACCUGCCUGCCACGUGUCGAAUAUACCGAAGAGACCGAUGAUCUGGAUGAUUACGAUGAAUACGAAACGACGGAUGAGGAGGAUCUGGAGAGCGAGUCACAGCCAGCAGAGACUGCGGAUCCCGUGGCACCACCACCACCACCGCCACCUGUAGAGAAGGUGGAACGGGAGGAGCUGGACGAAGAUGAGGAGCAGGAGGAGGAGGCCUCUGUGAAGAAGGAACUGCAGCCUGAGCCAGUGGCUGAAGUGGAGCCCAAAACAGAAGUGGAGCCCGCAGCUGAAACAGCAGCUCCUGCACAACCUACCGCCGAGCCAGAACCUACAAUUGUGGUGCACGUGGAUGAGCCGCAACCGGAACCAGAAGUGCAGCCAGAACCACAAGCAGAGCCAGAGCAACAACCAGAGCCCGCGGUUCAGACCGAUGCUGCUACGCCCGCUACAGAUAUCAAUAUUGUGGUUGAGCCCACAGAGGAUCCGUUUACACCACGUCUGCUGGAUGAGAGCUGCGGCGAGGAUCGCGGUGGCUGUGCUCACAAAUGCGAGCGUCUGCUGUUCCCUGGCGAGAAUGAGCCAAGGCUCAAGUGCAGCUGCAACGAGGGCUACACUCUGGACCCACAGGACUAUGCCAGCUGUCACGACAUCGAUGAGUGCUUGGAGUCCAAUGGAGGCUGCGCAGAGAUCUGCAAUAAUCUGCCGGGCAGUCAUGAGUGCGCCUGCCAGAAGGGCUAUCAGAUCAAUGCGUCCAACGGCAGCUGCGAAGACAUUGACGAAUGCGCACAGCCGGAGGUGUUGGCCGAGUGCAGCAAUGCCUGUGAGAAUACGCCUGGCUCCUAUCGCUGUGUCAUACCCUUGGACGCCAAAGAGGAGGCUGUGGAGGAGUCACUGGAAACUGAGCAGGAUAACGAAGCUGAAGCCAAUCCUGUUGAAGAGCCGAAGGUGGAGGAGCCAGCUGUGCAGAAAGCCAACUGCAAUGCAGGCUUUGUGCUCUCGCAGGACGGCAAGGAGUGCCAGGACAUUAACGAGUGUGAGAUCGUUGUGGAGGACAAUGAUAACGCCGAUCAUGUGCCGCAUCGCAUCUGCCAGCAGCAGUGCGAGAAUACAAUUGGCUCCUAUCGCUGCAGCUGCCGCGAGGGCUUCCACUUGCUGGAGGAUGCGAGCAGCUGUGCGCCGGAUGGCUGCAAGGACUUGGAUAAUCCGCAAUUGAGUCGCAGGCGUUGCGCCCAUCAGUGCGAGGAUUUGCCCAGUGGUGGCUAUGCCUGCCGAUGCCCCGAUGGCUAUAAGCUGGGCGAGGAUCUGCAUAGCUGCGACGUGCUGGAGACCGUGUGCAGUCGAGAGCAGGGCCACGAACGCUGUCGCCCGGGCAGCUGUCUGGCCAGCAAGGACAACAGCACCUUUAGCUGUCUCUGCCCGCCGGGCUAUGCCAGCGAUGUCUACAGCUGCCAGGAUCUGGAUGAGUGUGCCAUGGGCACGCACAAGUGCAGCCACGAGUGCUUCAACACCGCCGGCGGCUAUCAGUGCUUGUGUCCGCGUGGCAUGUCGCUGCAGGAGCCCGAGGGCCACACCUGUGUGGCACCAGAUCCGUGCGCCUUCAACAACAAUGGCUGCGAGCAGCUCUGCCUGAGCGCCGAAGGCGGCGCCUGCACCUGCAGCAAGGGCUACAUUUUGAGUGCCGAUCAGAAGAGCUGCUCGGAUGUGGAUGAGUGCCAAGUGAACAAUGGCAACUGCCAGCAGCUCUGCCGCAACUUGCCAGGUGCGCAUGCCUGCGCCUGCGAGCGAGGCUAUGAGCUGCAGUCCGACGGACAGAGCUGUCAGGAUGUGGAUGAGUGCGCCGGCCUGCUCUCUGGUGGCUGCACUCACGAGUGCAUCAACAAGCCGGGCAGCUAUGAGUGUGGCUGUCCGCUGGGCUAUUUGCUCCAGGAGGACGACCGCAGCUGCCGACCUGCCCUGGUGGGCUGUCCGCCUGGCGCUCGGCAAACGGAGCAGGGCUGCCAGCCAAUUGAAUGUGAUGUUGGCUUGCUGCUGGGCGCCGAUGGCAGCUGCGUGGACAUUGACGAAUGCCGCGUGAACAAUGGCGGCUGCUCGCACGACUGCCGCAAUACCCAAGGCUCCUACGAGUGCGCCUGCCCAGCUGGCUACGAGCUGGCGGCCAAUGCGCGCGACUGCCAGGAUGUGGAUGAGUGUGCCAAGGCCAAUGGCGGCUGCGAGGGCAGCUGCAUCAAUGAGCCAGGCAGCUUCAGGUGCGAGUGUGCGGCGGGCAAGCGUUUGUCGUUCGACGAGCGCAGCUGCUAUGAAGUGCCGGCAAUCGAGCCAAGAGUAGCGCCCUUCCCCCUAGCUCCCAUAGCACCUGCUGCCCCCGAGCGACCCGUAAUGCCUGUGCGUCCCAUGCCCACGCUGCGACCCGUGGUAUUCUUUAAGCCUUCGGAGUCACCUGCUGUGCCCAGUGCCACGCUGCCGCCAUUACCAGCUUUGCCCGUUCAACCCGCUCUGCCCUCUCUGCCCUCCUUCCCCAAUUUCCAGGUGAGAGAUCAGUGUCAGCGCUUCGUGGCCCCGGCCAAUGGCCAGGCGCACUGCAACAAAUAUCGCCACAAGCGCAGGCUCUUCUACACGACACGCUGCAAGGUGCGCUGCAAUGCUGGCUAUCAGCUGAUUGGCUCUGAGAUACGCAGCUGUGGCGCCUCCGGCAACUGGGAGGGACAGGAGAACAAGUGUGUGCCUGUUUCACAGCCACGUCUCUGGACUUCCGUGGCCACUUCGCGUGGCCAGUCUGGCUGUCCGGCGCUGCCAACGCCACGCAAUGGCGUCAUCUCGCCCGCCAGCUGCACGCUGGGCCCCUCCAGCUUUGGCUCCAUUUGCCAGCUGCGAUGCAACAUGGGCUACGUGCAGGUGGGCGCAAUGUUCACCACUUGCUUCAAUGGCUGGACGCUGGGCUCGCUGGAGUGCAAGCCCUUCGAUUCCAACUUAUUUGGCUCCCAGCUGAACACGAAGGUUCGGGCGCCCUGGCAACAGCAGUCGUUCAGGCAGCCGCAAACAAUCAACCAGCGACAGCCAUUCCGACAGCCGCAACUAUUCACGCAGCAGUCAUCGAUUCAGCGGCUGCCCGUCAAGCCCUACAUCAAGUGCCCCGAGAACGUGGUCAUUCUACUCAAUCCACUGCAGAGCAAGGCUCACGUCAUACUCCAACGUCCCGCUACGAAUGUGGAUUAUAGUCACGUGGUUGCCUUUCCGGCCUGGGCCAAGCAGCUGCAGGCUCAUCUGCCCGCAGGCACGCAUAAGAUCGUCUACAGGGCACACGAUCCAGCUACGUCACAGAGCGUGGGCUGUCAGACCAUCAUCACGAUCAAGCAGGCACCCGGCUCCAGUUCGAUGCCCUCUUUUCCUGGCUUCAGACCAGCUGCCAUUUCGGGCUUUAGACCCGCGCCCAUGCCACAGUUUCAAUCUGCGUCGCUGCCCGCGAGACCCUACGCUAAUCUCAUUGAUGUGCACUCCGAGAACUUGAUUGCCCAACCUCCCGCUGAAGAGAGCUCAGUUUCAUUUUCACCCUCGAGAUCUGCUGAGAGUAGUCGCAUUGAUCUGGGCUCCUCCUCCUCCCGCUUUUGUCCGCCUUCCUUUGAAGUACAUCUGAAGGAAAAUCAGAAUCUGCGCUCCGUUGUCUGGGAAGAGCCACGCUUCGAGGGCAAGCUACUGAAGAUUUACAAGUCAUCUUUCCCUGGCGCUCUGUUCGGCAGGGGUGAUCACGACAUCCGUUACGAGGCCACCACCACGGAUGGCCUUAAGCUACACUGCAAUUUCCAGAUACAUGUCAAGGCUGCUGCACCAACACCCCCGCCCUCCCACGCCGAGAUCAGCUACCCAGAUCUAUCCCCUGCUCCCGCUGCCCUCACCCAGCCCUCAUCCAGCAAUCUCUUUGCUGGCCACGAAUCCUAUGUACUGUGUCCCGGCAAGGAACCAGUCAAAGUGACCUCCAGCCAAUUCGUCAAUCUGCCCGUGGGCUGCACUCUGAAGAACGUGCGUCCGCAAACGUCUGGAAAGACGCAUCUGAAACGCGGCAUCCUCACCUCGCUCUGGCGUCGAUACAAUAAUUUCUAAUUAUUUAUUUAUUUAUUUAUUUAUUUCUAUCUAUCUAUAUAUUAUAAUGAACAUUUGUAAAACUACACACAUUUU